GGUGGGGGGGGGCGUCAGCGCUGCGGCCCCACGGGGGCUGUGCCACCGCCGUGUGGAGCGGGGCCGCUGGCGGCUGGCGGGGCCCGCGCUGAGGGGCCGCUGUCAGCGCGGUGUCCCCGGGUCCCUGAGGUGCGCUUCGCGUUGCCGCUCUUCAGAAUGAGCCCACCUACGUUUGCGGGUUUUUUGUUGGCAGAUAUUGGCGUUAACCUCACAGACCCCAUGUUCAGGGGGAUCUACAGGGGAACACGAAAACAUCAAGAUGACCUUUUGGAUGUGGUAGAGAGAGCUGUCAAAGUUGGUGUUAAAAAGUUUUUGAUUACAGGUGGGAGUCUCCAGGACAGUAAAGAUGCCCUGCAGCUGGCACAGACCAAUGAUAUGUUUUACAGUACAGCUGGCUGCCACCCUACACGCUGCGGAGAAUUUGAGCAGAGUAACCCUGACCAGUAUUUAUCUGAAUUAAAAAAUCUGAUUGAAAAGAAUAAGACAAAGGUAAUAGCAGUUGGAGAAUGUGGCCUAGAUUUUGAUAGAUUAGAAUUUUGCCCCAAGGACAUCCAACUCAAAUACUUUGAAAAACAGUUCGACCUGUCAGAGCAAACAAGACUGCCCAUGUUUCUUCACUGCAGAAACUCACACGCUGAAUUUUUAGACAUAAUGAGAAGAAACAGAGAUAGAUUUGUGGGAGGAGUGGUUCAUUCUUUUGAUGGCACAAAGGAAGAAGCAGCAGCUAUAAUAGAUUUGGAUCUUUACAUUGGAAUAAAUGGCUGUUCAUUGAAAACGGAAGCCAACUUGGAAGCACUGAAAUCAAUUCCUAGUGAACGAUUAAUGAUAGAGACUGAUGCACCCUGGUGUGGAGUGAAAAAUACUCAUGCUGGAUCAAAAUACGUAAAAACUACAUUUCCUACCAAAAAGAAAUGGGAAGUAGGGCACUGCUUGAAGGACAGAAAUGAGCCCUGCCAUAUAAUUCAAAUACUGGAAAUAAUGGCAGCAGUAAGAGAAGAUGACCCGCUUGAGUUGGCCAAUACUCUAUAUAACAACACUAUUAAAGUCUUCUUUCCAAAUAUAUAAAGUUUUCUUACAUUUAUUCAACGUAACUUUAGUAAAUGUAUUGCAAAACUUUAAGACUGAUCAUAUCUGAAAGCUCUUACCAGUGGAAGCCAAUAUGUAGUGCUUUUUGUACAAGAUUAAAGCUGAUUUUGAAAAAGGU